AUGGUCAAUCCAACGGCCGUUGUACUCGGCUUGUACUCGACAUGCGCACUCGCGCUCAAUGCUCGCUAUGCUCACGAACCUGCCGACAUCGCCGCUCGCGCGGAGUCCCUCGCCCAUCCACAUGUGAAGCCUCGCCAGCAUCUUGUCUCUGAAUCCAAUUGUGCUCCGUAUUGGAUGGAAAAUAUCAAACAUCAAGGCAUUGCUAGCUUCAAUCCAAACCCAAACAACUAUACAGUCUUUAGGAAUGUCAAGUCGUACGGUGCAGUUGGCGAUGGCGUCACGGACGAUACCGCGGCUAUCAACCGAGCCAUCACAGACGGAAACAGAUGUGUACCUGGCAAUUGCUCGAGUUCUACCAACACACCUGCUGUCCUGUAUUUUCCAGGUGGAACAUACUUGGUAUCUGAUGCCAUUAAAGACUAUUACAACACUCAAAUUGUUGGAAACCCCAACUGUCUACCUACCAUCCUUGCUGCUGCCAACUUUUCUUCUCCUGGUGGAACAACAAUCCUCGAUGGUUCUGGCUAUGGAUCUACCGUCUCUUUCUACCGCCAAAUCCGCAAUAUCAUCAUCGACACUACAAGGCUACCCACCAACUUCUCAGCUGUCUCAAUUUACUGGCCAACCGCACAGGCAACUAGUAUCCAAAAUGUCGUAUUUAACAUGAACCCCAACAAUGGGACUACGCAUAUUGGUCUGCUCAUCGACUCGGGUUCCGGAGGUUUCAUGACUGAUUUGGUAUUCAAUGGCGGACGCCGGGGCUUCCUAGUUGGAAACCAGCAGUUCACUACGCGUAACCUUACAUUCAACAAUAUCGACACUGCUAUUGAGAUGUUUUGGGACUGGGGCUGGACAUACAAGUCUGUGUCUAUUAACAACUGCCGUGUUGGAUUGAACGUCUCUUCCGGAGGUUCUUCAUCACAGAGUAUAGGAUCCAUUACAUUGUUCGACAGCGAAAUCAAGAACACAGAGGUUGGCAUUGCUACUGCCAGGACGGAUACUUCUCAGCCUGCUGCUGCUGGAGCCCUGUAUCUGGAAAACGUCAAGUUUGACAAUGUACAGGCUGCUGUACUUGGCCCUAAUGGAACCUACCUCGCAGGAUCUUCCGGUUCCGUGGUUGUUGAUGCUUGGGCUGAUGGGCACCGUUACACUUCUUAUGGUGGACCUGAUAUCAAACGUGGUCAUAUCGAGCCCACGCAACGACCAGCUGACUUGGUGGAUGCCCAAGGAAAGUUUUACGAGCGAUCGAAACCUUCUUAUGGAGAGGUGCCCUUGUCUCAGUUCCUCAGCGCUCGCGAUCUCGGUGCUACUGGAAACGGUCGUACGGAUGAUACCGCCGCUCUCAAUGCUGCUAUCCUGAGAGCCAAAGAAGAAGGCAAGAUUCUGUUUCUUGAUGCGGGAUACUACAAAGUCACAUCGACCGUUUACGUUCCUCCUGGCUCUAUCGUUGUAGGCGAACCGAUUACGGCUGUCAUUCUUUCUUCCGGUUCUUUUUUCAACAACAUGGCAGAGCCCCAACCUGUUCUUAGAAUUGCUCUUCCAGGCGAAACGGGCCGAGUCGAGAUUUCAGAUCUGAUCGUCAGUACCCAGGGCCAACAAGCAGGGGCCAUACUUUACGAGUACAAUCUCGGUACAUACGAUCAGGAGCCAGCCGGUCUCUGGGAUGUGCACGCCCGUAUCGGCGGUUUUGCAGGAUCAGAACUCCAAACUGCACAGUGCGAGAGGACGCCUAGUAAUGUGACGAUUACUGAAGGCAAUUUGGACCAGGAUUGCAUUGCUUCAUACAUGACAAUGCACGUAACAAAAUUCGGUGCUGGAUUGUACAUGGAAAACAACUGGCUUUGGACCGCCGACCACGAGCUCGAUACCCGCGGUGAAGCCCAACUCACUCUCUAUGCCGGUCGAGGUCUACUUGUUGAAAGCAUCAACGGACGACUAUGGCUCUACGGCACCUCAGUCGAACACCACACCCUGUAUCAAUACCAAUUCGUCGACACCCGCAACAUCUUCAUGGGCCAAAUCCAAACAGAAACAGCAUACUACCAACCAAACCCCAACGCCACCAUUCCCUUCCCCGUAAACCCUUCCCUCUCCGAUCCCGUCUUCAACUCCUCCCCUGAUCCCUCCGCCCCUCCUUCCACUCUAAUCCCCUUAUUCGAAACCCCCUCCAACGCCACAUCCCCCUCAUCCAACUCCACCGCCCCAAGCCCCAACACAGUCUCCGGCUGGGGCCUCCGAAUCAUCCGCAGCAACAACAUUCUCGGCUACGGUAUCGGUCUCUACUCCUUCUUCAACAACUACAGCACAAACUGCUCGCGCGUCGAUGCUCCGAUGGCGUGUCAGCAGCGAAUUCUGAGUAUUGAGGGCGCGACGUCGACGUAUGAUGUUAGCUUUUACAAUUUGAAUACGGUAGGGAGUACGCAGAUGAUUACGCGGGAUGGCGUGCAGGUUGCGGGUGCGGCGGAGAAUAACAGUACGUUUAUUGAUACGGUGAAUGUGUUUAGGAUUGAUGGGUUUGGGGCGUGA